CCUGCUCCCGGACCUUUUGUCUGUCCCUCUCCCUCGCGAUUCUUUCUUUCUUCUUCUCAUUCCCCUUCGUCUUCCUCGACUUCACCUUUUCCCGCUCUCCCUUGGUUCUCUGCGCCCAAUCAAUUUCGUCGACCACGCCCCGGGGAGCGCGACGAUUUCCCCCCCAACGGCCUGCAUCGGCCUGUCAGACCGCACCAUGUCCUAUCCCAAUUUAUCCACGAUGGCCACGCCGCCGCGCAGGCCACUUCCCGGCGCAUACUUCCAGACUCCGGCUCCAGUGCCCAAUCCCGUGCCAAAGCCGCCAGCUGCUGCGGCUCCCCCCGCCGAUGCUGCGGUCCCGGUGCCCGCCUCGCUUCCCAAGUUUCCCCCGGCGGCGUCGAAGUCGAAAAGUCAGACAUUGAGAACGGAGGAGCGGGGCGCGCGGACGGUCAACGAUACUCUGCUGCAGGAGGCUCGCUAUCCGGACUUGGACAACUAUCUCUCGCAGGGAUUCUCCUCGGACUAUGACAUGCCCGCGACGCCUUCGUGGCAUCCCUUCCAGAAGGUGAAGAUGUAUAACAUCCCUGAUCAGAUUUUCGAUCAGUAUAAUCGCGCCCAGGUUUCGACGAGCAUGGGUCUCUUCGCCGAGCUGAAUCACGCGUGGGUUGCCAUUGACAACGCUCUCUACAUCUGGGACUAUACGCAUCCCAAUCCUCAGCUGGUGGGAUUCGAGGAGCAGCCGAACAGCAUCAAUUCCGUGCGCCUCACGAAACCUCGCCCCGGGGUGUUCCUGCCUUCGAUCACUCACCUUCUAGUCAUCUCGACAACGGUCGACAUCAUCCUGCUCGGAAUGGGCUGCGAGACAACGGCAGCGGGCGCGCGCCAAGUGACGUUAUACCAGACCGGCAUGUCGGUGUCGAUCCGUGGCCUGGAUGUUGACGUGAUCACCGCUUCCGACGCGACGGGCCGUAUCUUUUUCGGAGGUUCCUCCAGCGAUGAUGUCUACGAGCUUGUCUACCAACAGGAGGAGAAAUGGUUUAAGGGCCGGUGCUCGAAGGUGUGCCACACUAGCUCCCGCCUGUCGACGAUCACCCAAUCGCUCAGUUUCACGGCGCAACAAUUCGAGAGAGUAGGCCAAAUGGAGGUCGACGACAGCAGGCAAUUGCUCUAUACGUUAUCGACCUUGUCUACGAUCCGGGUAUUCCAUAUGAAAUCGGACGGUACUCUUGCUCUGGCCAUCACCAAGCAGGCGAGCGACAUCUAUGCCAACAUCGGACACAUCAUCCCCACGAACGACACGGUUCACUCUCGUGUGCGCAUUGUCUCCAUCAGCCCCAUUCCCGCCGCCGAGGCGUCGAGAUACCACUUGAUGGCAACCACUGCCACUGGAUACAGAAUUUACCUCAGUGCCACCGCCUCUUUCAGCUGGAACUCGGACCCCUCGAGUUCUUCUGCCCCCACGAGCAUGCAGGCACAUCACGUUAAAACCCCUCCCAUCAACCCGGCCCUUCUCGCCGAACAGGGCCAGGGCAUUCCCGGUCAGCCUCGAUCCACAACAUCCAUCGCGUCCAAGCAGUCGAUCUACUCCCUCGAUCCAACUCGGUUCGCUGCUCGGUACCCGCCGGGCUAUUUCUUUUGUUUCACGUGCAAGGAUUCUGUUUUGAAAACCGAUACGCUCUUCAUCUCGUCGCCUGAUUCCGGGCGAGUGGCCCGUUCGCAAGAGAAUGUGAUUCCCGAAAAGGCCGCCGAGACCGCAACUUGGCUGAGACUGGGUAGCAGCGCGGAGGAUAUCGGUCUUUGCUCGCCACCUCCGGUGGCCUCGAACACGCCUGGGGGGUUCAGCAACGAACUUGCCGUCCAAUUCGAAAGCCAGGCGGCGGAGAUCGCCAUUCUCACUAACACUGGCAUUCAUAUCAUUCGCCGGCGACGUCUUGUGGACAUCUUCGCGGCAUUGGCGCGAAAUGGCGGCGGCGACGAGGGUCUGGAUGGCGAGGUCAAGAGCUUCAUCCGCACGUACGGUCGAAGCGAGACCCUCGCUACUGCCUUGGCAGUGGCAUGUGGUCAGGGAGUGGAAGUGUCGACGGAAUCGCGAUUGACCCAGGUCACCGAUCCCGAUGUCCUGGAGUUCGCGCGCAAGGUAUUCAUUGAGUACGGCGGAAGGCCGACGAUGAACGAAAACGUCGUUGCGGACAGCGCGACACCCGCCAUCGACACCGUUGUGCUCUCUCCCCGACAUUCGGGUAUUGCCCUUUACAUCUCUCGGCUUUUGCGCUCGAUCUGGAAUAAGGAAAUCGUCAAGGUGACCAGCACACCCAACGGGGCGCAGAGCGUCACUCCCUCGGUCGCUCCGGCGAAGCUGCAGAGUGUCCAGCGAGACCUCGCGGCUCUGCAAGAGUUCUUCACGGCGAACAAAAGCUUUAUCGAAGGACUGAGCGGCCCGGAGGCUCUGACCCGCGUGUCGACAAAGCAGGAGGAAACGGCGUUGCAGGCGGAACACAGGGCCCUCCACUCUCUGGUUCAACUUGUGUCUCACACCAUCGAGGGCAUUUCGUUCGUCUUGGUUCUCUUUGACGAGCGCGUGGAUGAGAUCGUGGCACCGCUGCCCGCCGAAUCCAAGCAGCGUUUCAUCACCCUUACGUUCGAGGAGCUUUUCAGCACCGGCAAAGGCCACGAGAUCGCAAAGGAACUGGUGAAGGGGAUCGUGAACAGGAACAUCGCCAAGGGUUCGAACGUGGAAACGGUAGCAGACGCCCUCCGCCGCCGGUGCGGCAGCUUCUGCAGCGCCGAGGAUGUCGUUAUUUUCAAGGCCCAGGAGUGUUUGAAGCGGGCUACUGAGGCUGGCUCGAACUCGGAAUUCGGCCGCAACCUGUUGAAUGAGAGCUUGCAUACAUUCCAGCAGGUGUCUGAGAGUCUUCCUAUGGACUAUCUUGUCUCCGCGGUGGAGAGUUACAUUGCGAAUCAAUUCUUUGCGGGCGCGAUCCAGCUCGCUCUCAACGUGGCUCAAAGUUCGGACAAGGGCAACGCGGCGCUAACGUGGGUUGCGGAUGGACGUCUGGAAGAGGAUUCCCGAAAGGACUACUUCUAUUACAGGAAGCAGUGUUAUGAUCUUAUUUUCAAGGCAAUCCUUGCCGUGGACAACCUUGCGGCCCAGGAUGCCGGAAUGAUCGACGGCCAAUUGACCACCAUUGCCAAACGCCAGAGUGAAGCGUAUGGAGUCAUCACCAAGUCCACGGAUGAGCUUUUCUUGACCAGUCUAUACGACUGGUACCUCGAGGAGGGCUGGAGCGACCGUCUGCUCCAAACCGACACGCCACUUGUCGUCACGUAUCUGGAGCGCAAGUCGACUGAUGAUCUCUCGCACGCCGAUCUGCUUUGGAAAUACUACACUCAGUCGCAACGGUUCUUCGAUGCGGCCCAGGUGCAAUACAACCUCGCCCAAAGUGCUUUCACGCUCCCCCUUAGCCGCAGGAUCGAGUACUUGGGUCGUGCCAGGGCCAACGCCUCGAUCUUCACGCCAGACGUGGGACGACAGCAACGACAGCGACUCCUGCGAGAAAUUUCAAACCUGAUCGAUGUUGCAAACAUCCAGGAUGAUCUUUUGCAGCGCCUCCGGGAUGAUAGGCGGAUCGAGGCGGGUCGCCGACAGGAGGUCAUCCGCGAUGUUGACGGUGCGAUCAUGGAUAUCAGCACGCUGUUCAACCAAUACGCCGACCCCGCCAGCUACUACGAUGUCUGUCUCCAAAUCUUCUACGCGGCUGACUACCGCGAUCCCGCCAACAUCAAAAUCACCUGGCAGCACCUUCUCCAAAACCUGCACGACGAAGUCGCCGAGAGGGGCGAGAUCCCCCCCUUCGAAGCGGUCGCCGAAAAGGUCCGCAACCUGGGCGGCCGUCUUCGCAUGUCCGAAGUCGUCUUCCCCAUCCCCAUCAUCCUCCCCUUGCUGGAGCGCUACUCCCUCGAACACCAGCGCGGCGUGGCCCCGGCCACCUGGAUCGUCGACCUCUUCCUCGACCUGGGCGUCACGCACGAGGCCCUCUACGCCGUCCUCGAAUCGAUGUUCUACGUCGACGAGGCCCCCUUCCACGGCCCCAACCGCAGAUACAUCGCCAAGGACCUGCUGUACGUCAUCGACCACUGGUUCCGGGGCACCGUGCGUCUCGGAGGCGCCGUGUUCGGCAGCGACGUUAUUGCCGAGCGGGUCUGCGAAACGCUCCUUCUUCUCCUCCAGACGAGUGCCAUCCCUCCGGAUCAACUGCAACAAGCUCAGGACCUGCGACGGAAGAUCGAAGAAACCUUGCGAUAUGAAUGAGUUGGACUAUGUUGUUGAAUUGGGUUAAGUUUGCGUAUUUUUUUUUCUCUUCUAUUUUUUUAUUAGCAUUGGGGGACUUUUGGCCGGAGGAUAAGCAGCAGCAUUCAUUUCACAAACAAGCAAGCAAGAAGAGAGAACGCACGAGGAUGAAGACGAGGAUGAGGACAGCACCACCGGAAGAAGACACGAAGUUAAAAUUUCAUCUCCUUUUU